AUGACAACCACAUUCUGCUCUAACCCCCAGUUUGCCAUUAAGUUGGAGGAUGUGGAUGAUGACCCUCAUGAUGGCAAGGAUGGCUGCACCUUCUUGGUGGGCCUCAUGCAAAAAGACGGACGCAAAGAGAGGAGGUUCGGCCGGGACCUCAACACCAUUGGCUUUUCUAUAUACCAGGUUCCUGAUGAGUAUAAGGGCCGCAACAACAUCCACCUGGGCCCAGAUGUGCUGCUGAGAGAGAGGUCAGUGGCAAUGAGCAGCACCUUUAUCAACCUGCGGGAGAUCUGUGACUGCUUCAAGCUGCCCCCCGGGGAGUACAUCAUCAUCCCCUCCCUGCCAAGUCCAAUGGAAGAGGAUAUCAGUGUGGAAGUUGAAGGGCCUGAUAUUACAGAGGGGGAUGUGGAUCCCCACUUCAAACAUCUAUUCUCGCAGAUUGCUGGAAGCGAUUCCGAAGUUUCUGCCUUUGAACUUCAACAGAUUUUAAACAGAGUGGUCACUCAGAGAUCUCACGUCAAAACUGGAUUUAGCCUCGAGACCUGUCGUCACAUCAUCAGUCUGUUGGAUAGGGUUGGCACUGCAAAGUUGGGCCUGGUUGAGUUCCAUACUUUGUGGACUAAGAUCCAGAAGUAUUUGGAAAUCUUCAAAAGUGACGACUCUGACAACUCUGGCACGAUGAGCACCCACGAGAUGAGGGGGGCAUUGACUGAAGCAGGGUUUCAGCUUAACAGCGAGAUGCUCCAGCUAAUUGUGUCCCGCUAUGCUAACUCAGAGUACGCCAUUGACUUUGACUGCUUCAUGGGCUGCCUGAUAUGACUGGAAAUGCUAUUUAGGGAGUGGUUUUUGACUUCAUAA